GAGUACUGGUCCAUCCAGAUAGAGAAAAUGGAAGACGACAUCUCAAAAUUUUGGGUGUGGGGAAUCUUUCAGGAGCAGUGUGCUGGCGUGGUCAUGUUGUGUAACUAUUUUGAGGACGGCAUGCAAAAGUGUGAAGAGUAUUUUCCAACGGAUGGCGGCGGUUACAAGUACUAUGGAAAGAUGUUUGUCAAUAACAAAAAGGUUGGGCACGACAUUUACACACUCGAAGUUCUGCCUGACGGCUGUUCGAACUCGAUUCUUACUCGGCUCGCUCAUUGUACAACAUGGCCGGACAAAGCCGUGCCAAGUAGUGGUCGAAUGGUUCUUCGUUUGUUGAAGUGGAUGAUGAGUGAACGGCUUCAGAACGCUUCCGUGGCAAUCGUGAGCGGGGCCGGUGUUGGGAGAGCAGGCACGUACAUUGCAAUCGAUCAGAUGUGCAACCGGCUAUUCAAAGGACAUGAAGCAUCGGUAAGCCUACUAACUUCUGUUCGCAGUUGCUGA